AAGAAGAGAACAGAGUGUUUUGUUAUUCCUGAACCAGUGGGCAGAUAAGGAGGACACGAGUCGCCUUUGGUUUCUCCGACUGAGAUAGAUAAUCUUCACUACAUUUUUACACCAUGGACAACGUUGCAACUCCGAGGCGACGGGGCAAUACUAGAGGAAACAAGGAGAAUACCCAGCCUGAUCAUAGAAACAAGGCUUUCAUCAAAGGAGACAAAACAUCUGUUGUGCCAUUCCAACUGAAAGGCAACCAAAAGGAGGAGACGCUGGCAAAAGAUGGUCUUCUUAAAGCGCAGGAUAAACAGGGGUUCACAAGGCCAGUGCCUGGGAAAAAUCCAAAAAAUAUGGUGGAUGGAAGAAGAGCCGUUGUCUCUGAUGUCAAACGAAGAACACACAGUCAGGUCUUCCUCACUGAACAAGCACAGAGGCAUAAGAAAACCGUCAGAGAGGCUCCAAAGCCGCCAGCUGUUGUGCCGUCAUCAAAACCAGCUCCGGGCAUGUACAAAGGCAGGAUUAUUCAGUCAAAAAUUGGGUCUAUUUGGAAGUCAAGUGAUACUCUGGCUUCAGCGGAUCUCAAACCGUCGGCACCCAAGGCAGAGCGCAAAGUGGUUGGAAGUGUGGCCAAAAACAGUGUUUCCAAAUCUGCUGCCGAGAUGUCCGGGCGUGGCAUUCAACAUUCUGCAACAACGAGGUACAAGUCAGUUUCUGAUAGAUCUGCUCAGGUGUCCAAGUCCACUGCAAACAGCUAUCGUCCUGCUGGAGUCUGCUCUGCUCGACCUGCUGCCAGAACCGUACCAGCAGCUUCAGUGACUGCUGGCUCCAGAAAGACUAAUGUGGCUCCCCUCAGGCCAGGUGGGAAUCAAGGGGCAAAACCAAAGGCUCCAGUGACGGAUAAAGUUAAAAAGCCUGUAGCAUCAAGCAGCCUCAGCCAGUACCGACUUAGUAUGGAGACUGCAGAGGAGAGGAGAGCAAAACUGGCAGAGUGGCUGGCCUCCAAGGGAAAGGUUCUCAAAAGGCCGACCUUGAAAACUGCAGCACCCUCAAAAACCAAUGUUUCUGCAAAACCUGAACCCAAUCUCAAAACCCAGUCUCAUGCUGAUCUUCACCUUGCUGAAUACUCUAAACCUGAACAUGAAGACGCACAAAAACCAGACCCUGCAGGUGCUGCUUAUGCUAAAAAUGUCCAAGAAGUAGAACAAACGGCAAACAGGCAAACGGCAGAGGUCAUGAACACAUCACUGGAGCUGCUUGAAAACUCGGAUGCAGAUCUGCCGGAUUAUUCACAGGGUGGAGUGGAUGAUAUUGUUGUGAAUCUGUGUGACGCCUUGGAGGCCAUGGUAAUGCCAUCUACACGCAGCGACGAACUUGUGCAGGUGACAGAUGAUGUCGAAAUAGAGAGCAAAACCGUAGAUGAAUGUGACGAGCUAAAGCCUGAAAUGUCUGAGGAUGUUUGUGAGAAGCCAAAGGUUGAGCACAUUAAGAAUGAAGAAUGCAGUGACCAGAAAGUGGAGGAUGACGAGGAAAGUGAUGAAAGUGUGCUGGCAACACCACCCUCACCAAUGGCCGAUGCCUCAAUAAUAAGAUACAGUGUGAAGACCACACCGUACUUACAAAGUGUCAAGAAGACGAUUGAAGAAGAAGUCAACACAAGUACAUCCAGAAGAGCGAGCAACAUCAAAGAUCUGAAGUUUCUGACACCUGUGCGCCGUUCCACCCGCCUCCUGCGCUCGUCCUCGCGUCUGCCGGCGAUGCUUGCUGAUCAUGAUCCCUGCGUGUCUUCGCUGGCCGAGUUGGUAAAGCUGGAUGAUUCCAAUGCCUACAUUUACAGAAAAAACCCUGCUCUUCUGGACGACCUACCUGACCAGGACAACGUAUAAGAACUGUACUUUCCUGCUUAAAUAACAGCAGGUAAUGUUUGCAACUAAAGCUAAUGGACACUUUAUAUUGUACUUAAGAUGGCUUUAUUAAUCUAAAUGCAUUUGCACAAACACUAUUAUUCAUUUUGUGAUCUGAAUGUUUAUCUUUUUAUUGUAAAGCUAACAUUGACUGCCUCUAUCACUACAGAAGGUAUUUCUUAUUCAGUUGUACUUUUGACAUUAAAACUGGUGAAAGAGAAUUCAGUGUGUUUGUGCAACUCCAUCGAAGAAUAUGAUUUAAAUAGUACAAGGUUAGAGCAACCUAAACUUCCAGUGGCUGCAGCCUGCAGGGUUAUUCCGAGUUAAACAUUAAUGACUGUAAACAGCUGUUCUGUAAAUUUUGCCAUAUUAAAAAACAAACUCAAACCACA